CGUCUUCUCCGAACCUCCACGUAAACACAACUCCUCGACACUCCUCCCACCACCACCCACAUACCCCACACACGAUACCAUGUCCCGAAACGAACCCGUAUCCAUCCCAGACCCCGAGGAAGCCGCAGUCCAAGCCCAAAACCGCGAUGUCGUCGACCCGUUAAUUAGAGCUCAUAUCUACUCCAUUUGUACAGCGCUCGGAGGCGCGUCCGUCGAAGAGGAUGGGAGGUAUACACUUGGCGACGACGCGCUUGCGUGUCUGAAGGAUCUACGGAGAUGGCUGAAGCUUUAUGAUGAGAAAUUGAAUCGAUACGAUGUGGCCAGAUGUCUGAGCGAGAUGAACCUGGUGGGAGGUGAUCUGUUGCCGAUUAUUGCCAUGUGGAAGGAGGAGGAUACUAUGGUGAAGCCAAUACAUCGGUUAACGGUAGCGUGCAUUGAAUUACUCACCCCAUUGACAUGGCCGUUCGAGAAACAAAACGAGCAGAUGACGGUCAACCACCACCGCCACAUCCCGGUGCUGCAGCACGCGCAGGCCCGCUACAAGACCGCAAUCCUGCAACAUAGUUCCAAAAAGAUCCUCAAAGACAUCAUCCGCGCGGCACUCCCCGCAAUGGCAAUGCCGUCGUACGACCGGGGCGCUCGUGACGAAGGAAUCAUCAAGCUGGUACUCUACACACUGCGGAACAUCGCGAUCAUCGAGCACCCAGAGCCGGGCGAGAAUGAGGCGGGAGAGGAGAUCAACAGGAGUGCGACUAUAACGGCGUACGCAGAGCAGAAUGUGCUGGACCUCUUGCUCACGAUUGCGUCCGGCAUUGCGGACGACUUCAGGGCGCACGAUACAGUUGUUAUGGAGGUGUUGUAUCAUCUUAUCAAGGGCUUGGAUGUUGAAGCCAUCUUUCGGUCAGAUGGCGAGGAGUCGGAGAAGCGCGGGAACGAUCUUGCGCAGCUGUUGAAGCGGGAAGAUGACCUGAAGCGGGCUGCCUCGAGGUCUUCGACACGACAUAACCGCUUCGGCUCGACCAUCUGGAUGGAGAGGACCGAUGGGACACGGUCGUUCGUGUCCGGCCAGGAUGCCUUGUUGACCAAGGACACCGGCCUGGAAAAGCUCGACAAGGCGAAAAAGUGGAAAAAGGCUCGGGGUGCGGAUAAAGCAGGCGUCUCCCUCAAGACGGAAUUCGACAUGACGGUAAGCUUGACCACCGGCGCAAAGAAGCAUUUCCGCCGGUUUGUUGAGGAUUUCAUCGAUUCCGGGUUCAACCCGCUAUUUGAGUCUAUCCGCCGAGCUAUCGACCGUGAUGUCGAACGCCUCCUCGAUUCGCAUGUAAGGCAAUACUUCUCCCUCGUGGCGUGGCUCCUUGAAGCCGAAAGGGUCAGACGACGGAUCGCUGCGAAGGACCGGAAAAAGAAAGGCCUCCCCGCAGAAGAGGAUAGUUGGGCAGUCGUGUCGGCGGUCCUCAACCAGCAGUUCCUGAUCACGCUCAACAGGAAAAUGAUAGAAUGGUUUGAAAUGAAGCAGUGGACGGCCUUGCAGGCAGGAAUGAGGUGCUUUACCCAGAUCCUCUAUACAGUACAGGAGAUGGCACUGUCGCCGAUCGAGGACGACCAGGAGAUUGCCGAGAAUAUACAGAACCGUCUAUUCUACGAAGAGACGACUAUGGAUUUGAUUUACAACAUCUGCCGGUCGUAUACAAAACAGCCGUUCAAAUGGCUCGAUGACUGCACAGAGAUGGCAUACGUCCACCUCAAGCUCCUCGAGAAGUACUCACAGCAGCACGAACACAUGUUUGUUCGGUCACGCCGGCGCCAGUCCAAAAAAGCCAAAGAAAAGGCCGCCGCCCUCGGCGAAGCCGCCGAGCACGAAGAAGACGAUUCUGAGCUGGUCGCCGCCAGCAAAAGUGCAGCUGCAGAGCGCGCCUUCGACUUCACAAAGUUCGAGGCCAAAUACCUGAACCAGAACUGCAUCAACACGUUUAUCGCGUUUCUCACCUACUAUCAGGAGCUCAAUGCGACCCAGAUCAUGCGCGCCAUCAAGAUGUUUCAUCGCAUCUCGGAAAAGAGGAAGAUGGAGGUGCUGCUGUACAGACUGGAUCUGGUGAAUCUGCUGCAUCGCAUGAUGCAGGGCUCCGCGGCUCUGGACAGGAAGCAUCCGGCAUACAAGGAGGUCGACCAGUUCACAAAACAUUUCCUGCGGAAGCUGUUCAAGAAAUUGGAGGCCGAGCCGGCGAUGUAUGUGGAGCUCCUCUUCACGAAGCUCUCCAGUACGACGCACUACCUCCAGCACGGCUACACCAAGGAAUUGCACGUCGCAAAACCGCGUGCCGCAGCGGAGCUCAUGAUCAAACCUGGCUCGGGGGUACAAUCACACUCGGACCAGGUUGGCGUCGGAGUUGCCGCACUACUGGACGACAACAAGUCCAGCGACGUGGAGUGGCUCAAGGACGUCAUCAGGAAAGCCGUAACGGAGCGCAAAUCCUUCGAAGACGAAUCCGCGGCGCGUCUCACGCUCGAAGCCCACGGUCCCUCAUCAGAAGCCGCACCUUCCCCCACCACCGCCGGCACACCACCCGACAUCCUCAUUGACCCCAGAACCGACGAGCGCGCGCGGGCGCUAUUCAAGGACGCAGUCCUGCGCUUCCUUCUCAAGCUCGUAGGCUGCGAACCCGUAGAACCAAACGAGACGCCAGAGACGAAAUGGCUCAUCCCGGCGCGCCACACCUCGCAAACCCUGGCCGAGAACCUAACACUCCUGCAGAAAUUCGCCAACGACCCUCCAACGUUCGACAACACCGCCGCCGCUGACCUGCUAAAGCGCAAACUCCCCUCCACCACAGCGCGCACCCGCCGCCCCGUGCUGUCUUCCGACUCCUCAGGCUCCUCCGCCGACGAGGAGGACGAGGCCACAGGCUUAUUCGAGCCCGGCGGUCCAACCAGCGUGCACGCGCCGCAGCGCAGCAAGGGCGCCAAACGCAAGCGGCGCCUGGUAGUCGAGGCGGAGGCGGCGAACGAAGAGCUCAGCGCGCUAGCCCUCGAGAAGCGCCGGAAGCGCGAGGAGGCGGAGAGACUAAAGCUGUCGAAGAUCAAGAGCGACAAGUUUGUGCACGAUAGUGAUGACAACAGUGAUGUCGAGGGUGACGAGAUGUUUUAUGCCCGCGAGAGGGAGAUUAGAAGUCUCGGACCGCAGCCGGUGGUUAGGCCUGAGAAGCUGCCGCUGGUGAGGGGUGGUGGGAGUGAUGGGGAGGAGGGGGACGGGGACGGGGAAAGGGAGGCGCCAACGAAACGGAGGAAGAAGGUGGACAAGCCGGAGAAGGAGAAGAAGAGUAUCUUUAAUGAUGAUGACUCGGACGACGAGGGGGGGAGGGAGAGGGAGAGGGAGAGGGAAAGCACCAUCGAGCCGAUCACGAGGAAAACUGGCGCGGUGAUCAUCUACUCCAGCUCCGAUUCCGAAAAAGAGGAUGUGGUUAUGCGAGACGUUUCCGUCGUCGAUGAAGCUGAAGACGCCGACAGUGAGAGCGAGGAGGAUAAACCGGUAGCUGCUCGAAGGAGAAGAGCUGUCGUCGUGGAUAGCGACGAUGAGUAGAUCGGAGUAGUGACAUAGACAUAUACCCUGCGGCCUGGGUUUGAUAGAAUAAUAGAUAAAC